AUGCCCCCUCGUCAUAGAUCAAGGUACGAUAGCGAAGAUGAUUUCAGGUGGACACGAACCCCUCGUCGUUCGAGAAAUACGUCGUCGAGCCGAUAUGCAGAAGAAGAUCGUUCGAUCUAUCCUCCUGAUCCAGAACCUCUCAAUGAACCUCGCUCAUACUCGCAAUAUAGCAGGUCCUCUGGAGAGUCGCAGAGGGAUACCGUCGAGGUUGAGGUGGACGAAGAUGUGCAGAGAGGACAGCGAGUGUAUCAUCAAACAGGGAUUAAUCCCUCUCAGAGGACUUUUGUCGAAAAUUCAAAUCGGGCUCAGCCUACACAUAAUCGUACGGGACAUACUGAUUCAACGACCAGAGUAUAUACUCAACCUGACCUCGCUUAUCGACCAAAACCUGGUCCAAGUGUAGAAAUCCCUACUUUCAGAUCUCGAAGGUACCCAAUCGAUUCAACUCAAUACGAAAGAAGAGCCCCAACUCCAUCCUUGGUAGAGCUCACAGGUCAUCAACCUGGUCCUCCUGGAAACUUACCUCAAUAUUCUUAUCCCGCAGAAUUCCAAAGUCCAAGUCUGGCCACUAGGCCAUUGGAUACCGGCAUUCAACAAUCGUCAUUCAACCCCCUGUUCAGUUCUUCGAUCCAGUCAAAUCCACUAUCACUGCACAACAAGAGAGAUACAGAGUUAGUGAUGUUUCAAAGAGAUAUGGGCAUAGCUGCGGACCCCAGAGAUCAAACUGUCAUCUUUUCCAGGAGCAAAUUCCAUUAUCCUGAUGAAGAUGCUUUAUUGUUCACUUCCCCAGUACAUUUUCCUAUAGUGGAUGAAAGAGGGAAUGUAGGGCAUUACAAGGUUUGUGAGCAUGUUACGGACAACGGUGAUCCAAAUCAAUGUAAAGCCUUUCAUACCCCCGUUCAUACAUCUACCGUCUCGAUUGGAGAGAUACACCCUGAAGAUCUUCAUUUUUACUCUGCAGCAAUUAUCCCAAGGAAUCAUCGUAUGUUCACAGAUCAUCCUUCCACUUCGAGGAUGAUCACGGUAGAUCACUCGGUGACGUACAAGCAAGUUGCGAAUCAAUAUAAUUCCCAACAACUUGCUUUUGCCAGACGAUACAAGGAUUGGAUCAAUAGCGAUUCAGGUAGAUUACGCUUAAGUCAAGAGAGGUAUAUCACAGAUAUGAAAGAUAAUAUACGAACGAGAGAUGAAGUAUUAAGGGAACGUAAGAGGGAGUUGGAGAAGAAAAUUACUUCAGGAGAUGUAAUGAGCACCCUUCAAGAUGGUUUAAAAUAA